AUGCUUGGACUACUCAUCCACACUUCCAUCCUCUUCCUCCUCACCCUCUCAGCCAUGACCACAAAUACAAGCUCAACCAAUCUCCCCCCCUGGCUAACCCUCCCCGCAACCCCAUCCCUCCCCACCCCAAACUCCUCCGCACACGCCCCCAUCAACAACAUCUCCCUCUGGCACGCCCUCUACGGACCCCCUCUCACCGAAAACACAAUCCCAAUAAUCCUCCUCCACGGCGGCAAAAUCUCAUCAAGAUGGUACGGCCACCUCAUCCCAUCUCUCUCAACGACCUUCCCCGUAAUCGCAAUCGAUACGCGCGCCCACGGCCGCUCCUCCGAUGAUCCCUCCGUGGACUUAUCCUACGCCCUCUUUGCGCAGGACACAAUCGCCCUGAUGGAUUACCUGGGUAUCCGACAAGCAAGGUUCGUCGGGUGGAGCGAUGGCGCGAAUACCGCGUUGCAGAUUACAAUGGACCAUCCUGAGCGCGUCGACAGGGUGUUUGUCUACGGCGCGAAUUAUAGCCCGGAUAACGUCAAUUUACCAGGGUUGCAGGGGAUCAGUUUUGGUGCGGACCUUGUGGAUCGCGAACGGAGCCAGUAUGAGGAGUUGAAGAGGGAUGUUGGGUUGCAGGCAGGGGGCCAGGCGGACUGGGAGGGGUUUGUGGCGCGGGUGGAGGCCAUGCAGGCUGGUGAGCCGAGGUGGACGGGGGAGGAUUUUGGACGCAUCCCCGUUCUGUAUGAGGUUGGGGAUGGGGAUGCGCCGGUGGUGCUUGUUGCGGCGGGGGAUCAUGAGGAGGCGAUUUUGCCGCAUGUGCCUGGCAGGAUUCAUGGGAUGAUUGCGAAUUCGCAGUUGGCGAUUUUGCCGGGCAUGAGUCACUUUGGGCCCUUGCAGGAUCCGGAGAUGUUCGCAGCUGUUGUGACGGCGUUUAUGAGUAGACCUCGGUAA